AUGCCUUCACCACUUCCAUCCACCUUUGCCUCUGCUGCGGCUGGCAACACAGACUCCUCGAGAAGAGACGGCUUGAGCAGCGGAGAAUGGUCUCGAAAUCGUCUUAAUGGAGCCACGCAGACAUUUCGUCGGCCGUCUCUCGCAACCAACACAUCUCACAGCCGGGACGGUGCGCAGACAACCUCGGGCGCAUCCGCUACCCCUACCGCCCCGGCAUACAUACCUCCUCACCUGAAUUCAAGUUAUCAGUCUGGUGCGUUGCGUGGCGGGAGUGGAAACGAUAGUCGAUACUCCAAAGAUCAGCUCCUCAACUUUUACAAAAACCAAAAGGAAUCCAAGGAGUGGGGGAAGAAUGUAACGGAUUAUUUUAUGGCGGACUGGAAUCCUUUGGAGGAAACCCCUGCCACAAACGGUGGUUGGGGCAAAAGAGAAGAUUUCAAAGACAGCCAUGCGGGUCCCGAAGUGUGUUGGGAUCACGGUGGGAGGAUAGAGCCUCUGGGUUUGAUGAACAUGACCCAGGAAGAGAAAGAUCUAUUUUCCAGCUCCGUCAACUCUCCACUUAAACCUCCCCCGCAGAACGUUUCAAAGGAUGGCAACGCGCCUGGGGGCUCAAUGGGUCGUAAGGCUUCGUUUUCCCACUCGCAAGGCCAUAUGAAUUCCUUCAAUACCUCGUCACCGGGCACCGGCCGACCUGGUCCUCGGCGACGAGGCACUGGAGACUCCCUGGCAAACACAAUGUCUCCGACCGGAAACACUCGUAUGUUUCGUGAUGAAGCAAACACGGCCACUCCGCCUCCAUCUCUUUUGCGUCGAAAGACUGAUUUCCGUGAUUCUAUAUCAAAUUCAAAGCUGGAGGAGAAGGAACAAGAGAGUUCGAAUCGUGAUGCACCGCUAGACAUCACUUCUCCAUUCGGGACUUUGAAACGUAGCGCUACCAAUCCCCUUGGAACUAGCACCUCCUCGCCGUGGCCGACCGGCUCACAUGGUUCUGCUUUCUCUCCGAUGGGCUCAUUUGGAAACUUUUCACUUGGACCCAUAGCGUCGCCGACUGCGGAGAAGAAAACUAGCUUUGGAAGUUUACGAGGUGAGAGUCGCUUUAAGAAUCUGUUGUCUAAGAGCAGUUCAGAGGAUAUGGGUACGAACUCCAAGGAGAAACCAUCUAUCCUCGACCGUCUACCCGAAACGGAGAACGAUAAUCCUCCACCAAGCCAACCGGAGGUUGUACAGACUCGUCCGGCGCGUAGCGACACCAAUCCGUUUGAAGAACCUAGAAGUGGGAGUGCUGCUCUUGGUGGACAGGAUUUGAAUCCUCCUAGUACUGGAAUUGAUCAGUUUGGGUUGUCGUCGUUCGGCCUGCCCUCCUCCACUCAUACUCCCAGCCGGCUCCAUGGCCACGAGCCUAUGAGCCCGACUCAUACCAACCCAUACCAAUCCCCGCAUGAAGAGCGGGGUGAUGCGGACGAGGUUGCCACGAAUGGAUCCGAUAUACAGCAUGCGCAUUUGCCGAGUCUUACUGAACUCCGUGAGGACUCUGGCCCUUCAGCAUUUGGUUCUUUUCCUAGGAGUGCGGCAACUGGUGACAUUACAGCUGGAGAUCGAAGCCAAACAUCGAGUGUAGGAGGAAAUCGAAACUUUUCGGGACUGGGCGGUCUCGGCGGCCUUCCUCCGCUUGCUACAUCUGCGGGUUGGCCAACCUCAGCUACAACAGGCACUCCCACUCGGGAGAGAUCCGCAUUUAUGGGUGCAUUCGGUGAUCCUAUUUUUGGUCCAAUGUCCGAGCUGCAGUCUCCUAGUUUGUCAUCUCUGGGGGCUGGUGGAUUUUUUGGAUCACACACCAACCUUUCGAGCGCUACAAACACUCGACCUAGUAAGCUUGGAUCCCUUUUCCCACCUGCAAUGCAAGACCAAAUGCGUGAACAGUCACGAUCCGAUCUUCCGGGAAAUGAAGGAGCCGCAAGACCACAGGACCCUUUUAUGACUGAGAAACCAAGCGCGAAUCACUCCGCUACUGUUUCUGCAUCUCAGACCCCAGUCUCAGCUGUUGGACAAGGUUCGGUUUCCGUAAGCCAGCCACCACCGGAAGGCAGCUCCCAGGUGAAUCAAGGUUCUGGUCAGUGCGGCGGCACUCCUUCUGCGAAUCAACUCCCAGCUGCUCAGCAGAGACAAAUGGUCAUGCCCGAUCGCAUGCGGUGGAUCUAUCGCGACCACAAGGGAAACACUCAGGGACCGUGGUCUGGCCUUGAAAUGCAUGAUUGGUUCAAGGCUGGUUUCUUCACCGCAGAGCUUCAAGUUAAGAAACUCGAAGACGCUGAGUAUGAACCAUUGGGCCAACUUGUUCGACGUAUUGGCAAUUCUCGAGAACCUUUCCUUGUUCCACAAAUUGGCGUUCCUCACGGUCCUCCAACCACUCAAGCUCCAUGGUCUUCGAGUUCACAAAGUGGCGUUGUCCAGCCUCCGUUUGCUAACAGCUUCCCAAGCUUCGGUACAACUUUGACAGCCGAGCAGCAGAAUGCACUAGAACGACGAAAGCAGGAAGAACAGUACAUGAUGGCUCGUCAAAAGGAGCACUUGGCACAACAGCAAGCGCUGCUAAAACAGAUGCAGUUCCAAAAUCCCGCCCAUACAAUACAUCCACAGCUGCAACAUCAUUCUAGCGCCCACAGUCUUCAGAGUCAGCCGAGUUAUGGUAGUAUCACUUCACCGGCAACAUACCAACCCCCUCCUACCAUGCAGGCUCCAAUCCAGCCUCCACAGCCCCUUCCUGGAUAUUUCGAUCCGCAGACGAGGCCAGGUGCGAUGCCAAAUGUUGCACCUCAGAUGCCUAUUCAAGAGCCUAUUGGAACUCAAGAUCAGCUGCCCACUUUACUUGAUCGUUUGAAUAUCAACCGCACCGGGCAGUAUCAUUUCGGUACUGGCCCUUCCUUUGCAGCAAGGCAACCCGAAGGCCCCGUGCAUCCUGAAGCGGUGACAACAAUGUUGCAAGAUCGAGCGCAUCUCCAGCAGGAACAAGAUCAAUUUAAUAAAGGCCAAACUGAUUCUAUCUUUGACCAGCAAGCCCGUGAGGAGCGCCUGCGCCAAUUUCAUGCGCUGAGAGGUGCGGAUGAAGAGAUACCAGCGCGUAAAACUGAGGGACUCCCAACCCACCCACCAGCUCCUGCGAUGGACCCUGGACACGAAGAAGAGAUAGCCUCCAUGCUUAAUGCUCAGGCUCAACAGUCGCAAACCGUACCGGCCAGCAACGAGACCCCACUUUCUCUUACACAGCAGGUGCAGAAUGCCGCAACGGCGCAAAGGUUGCAACAACAGAUCCAACAAGCCCAAGCACCGGCCGUCCAGCAGGAGUCCCCCUGGCAAAAGGUUGAUAAUGGAAUGCCGCAGCCAUUCCCUCCACCGCCUUCUCAGUCCCCUCUUCCGGCCCCAGCUGCGCAAAGGAAACAGAAUAUUGCAGACACCUUAGCUGCAGGAUCACGGUCACAGAGUCAAACACCUGCUGCCGAAGCCCAAACCACAUCUAUUGCACCUUGGGCAACACAAGCAACUGAGAUGCCGAAGGGACCGUCCCUGAAAGAAAUUCAAGAAGCUGAAGCUCGCAAGGCCGCCAAGUUGGAAGAGGCUGCUGCUGCCGCUCGUCGUGCACUUGCUGAACAAGAGCGCGCCAACCAGCCACCACCGCCUGUCCCCGGUCUUCCGUCAACAGCCAAUUGGGCGAGUGCUGGAUCUCCUGCUACCCCAACCCCAACUGGCUCUGUCUGGGCGAAACCCAUCGCUGGAAAACCCUCAACCCCAGGUGCAACUGCACCAAAGAAGACCUUAGCACAAAUCCAAAAGGAAGAGGAGGCCCGUAAGCAACGCCUUGCUGCAGCAAACACACAAGCUAAUGCAGUGAGUACCGCCGCCACAUCCGCAGGUAAGCGUUAUGCCGACCUUGCGAGCAAGGUUGCCCCUCCAACUCAAGCAUCGUCUGGCGGUGCUUGGACGACAGUUGGAGCCGGUGGGAAAGCAAAAGCACCAGCCGCUCCUCCAGCGCCCACGCGGGCUGUCACUAGUGCUGCACCUGUAGCCUCUCCCGCCAAACCGAGACCGGUCACAGUUACGCGGUCAACCACUGUUGCAGCACCCGCCAACCCAAACAGGGCGACUGAGGAACUGUCGAAAUGGGCCAAGCUUGCAUUGGGUGCCGGAUUGAAUAGUGCUAUCAAUGUUGAUGAUUUCGUUCAACAACUUCUCCUUCUUCCGCCAGAGACCGAGAUCAUCUCGGAUUGUGUCUAUGCCAACUCCCAGACCCUUGAUGGUCGCCGAUUCGCCGAAGAGUUUGUUCGCCGCCGCAAGCUUGCGGACAAGGGAAUCGUUGAUCCGAUCCCGACCACUGGCGGAAAUAUGUUUGGUGCUGGUUUAUCGGACUCCAAGGGCGCUUCCGAUGGGUGGAACGAGGUUGCUAAGAAGGGUUCCGCCAAUGCUCAUCGGGAUGAUGGAAACACAGCGUUCAAGGUCGUCUCCAAGAAGAAGGGAAAACGGUAAAUGCGUGCGACUGGGGAGAAGUUUGGUGACUUGAAGCAAAACCUACGUAUUCCAGCAUUGUCAGCGGGCAAGACAAGCGAUUUUCACGCGGCAUUUUUCUGUUGUCAUUCUGGCCUUUGGCGCCUGGUUUUGUAAGAAUAGUUUUCUACAUUUAUAUCUGUU